UAGUAAAUGAAUUAAGCAUAAAUAGCUUUUGAAAAAAAAGAUGCAGAUUUAUCAAAGAAAGUACAUAAAAUUGAAGAAUAACAAAGUUUAAAUGAUGGACAUGAUGAAAAACAUUAAAUGGGUGGAGAGCAUAUAAAAAGUGCAGUAUAUGGAGGUUUAGAUGGAAUGGUGACCACAUUUUCAGUUGUAGCAGGAGUUGCAGGAGUAUAUCCUUAAUAAUAUAUAAUAUAGGCUGGAUUAUCGACAGGAGUUGUAUUAGGAAUGGGAAUAGCUAAUUUAAUUGGUGACGGAAUAUCAAUGGCUUUAGGAGAUUAUAUAUCAACAAGGAGUGAAGCGGAAUUUACAAUAAAUGAAAGAAAUAGAGAAUAAUGGGAAGUUGAAAAUAAUCCUGAAGGUGAAAAAAAAGAAAUGGUUGAAAUUUAUAAAGUAAAUCCUUAAUAAUAUUCUUAAGUCCAAAGGAAUAGAUCAUGAUGAAGCAAUUAUUAUUGCUGAUACUCUAGCAAAAAAUAAAAAAGUAUGGGUUGAUGUAAUGAUGGUUGAAGAACUUGGAUUAAUGAGUGUAGAUGAACAUCCUAUUAAAGAUGCUGUUGUAACCUUUUUUUCAUUUGGAUUAUUUGGAUUAAUGCCAUGUAACAAUAUUUUAUUUUUUCAGUAUUACCAUUUAUUGUUGGUAGUAUUGCUGGAUUAUCAGAUAACUUGUUUCAAACUUCUAUAGCAUUAACUGGGUUUUUCUUAUUUAUUUUAGGUGUUUCUAAAUCUAUGUUUUCGUAUUAAUAAUGGUAUUGGGCUGGAUUAGAAACUCUUAUUAUUGGAAGUGCAGCAGCAAGCGCAAGUUAUAUAAUUGGCUUAGCUUUUGAAGAUGUUUAAGUUUGAUAUUUGUAAAUUAUAUAUCG